GAGUUUAAAUACUUGCAAAUUGCGAGAAUCGUAUUUCUCAAGUCGUGUCCGGACGUGGAUGGUGACACUGUGACGAACUUUUUCAGACUGUUUAGAUUCCUGGUGUAUGAAACGUUGAGAAAACAUCCUCACACGUAUCCGGAAAAUACGGAGGCUAAUAUUCACACCAGAAUUGUGACUACGAUGAAAACCUGUUUUAAAAAUGCUGCCCCGUACAAAGUGGACUUGGACUUGAGUGCAUGUACUGAAUCUGGGGUGAAGGUGGUGGAUAUGUACAGAAAUUAAAAAUACGAAUUAUUGUGUGCUGUGUUUUUUGUCAUAAUUUGGCGAAUUAUUUUUCCAGGUACUUAGCGUGACGGAUUCCAAAGGGGUCCAGUAUCCACCCGCCAUAAACGCCACGGAAGAAGAUGACGUCACUUUCAAAACGGGACUAGCAAGCGAUACUGUUCUUGAAACUGCAUGGAAACUUAUGCUUCAUGCUCAUUAUCAAUGCGCAGAAGAUUUUCGCAACCACCCCGAAGACCUGUCCUGGAUGUAUAUCAAACUUCAAGAAUUUCUUACAAACCCGCACAUUAUUUUCAGAUGGUAUUUAUUUUAUGCUAAUUUUUACCUAAAUACUAACACGGAAAUAUAUUGUAUACGUAUUUACUAAGGGAAAAUCCAGGUGAAUAUCUCAACCAAGUUUAUGCCUUUAUGCAUCCUGGUUUCCAUCUGGCUAAAUUCGCCAAAACUGUGGACGCUUGCGUCAGUGCGGCGAAAGAGGCGUCAGUUUUCGAGGAGUGGAUGCAACGUCCAAAGCGAGAGAGAGAUUUUCACUCUGAGACGGUCAAAGGACGCAGCAUGGCUCUCCUGGGGGCAAAGGAUCAAGGAAAACCGAACCUUUUUGAGGGCAAGGGUUACUGCGUUAAUAAAUUUGAUGAUCCCAUCACUUGGACGCAUUUCAAUCCUUCAGUGAACGCAAAGUGUCAUUAAUUUUUAGUAUCUUUAUUAACGAGCAUUUACAGAAUUUCUUCUAAUUUCCCUCGACUUUAAAUGUACAUAUUUAUUUAUUACGGUAUUAAAACUUAUUUUGUAAUUGGUGACCAGAUUUAUUCGACAAAAAUAGUAUAUUCAAAUUAGGACAAUGAUUCGCAUAAACAUACAGACAUUUUUAAUUAUUGAAUUUGUUGGUGGGUGGGUUAAGAAAAUCCUUACAUGAUUCAGAUAGUACAUAUUUUUUUACAAAAUUUUCACCAUUCCGGCUAUUCAUUUUAUCAUGUAGUUUUAUUUCGUGAUGACAUUCCUUGCCAACAAAACUGUCGAAAUUCUGCUCGAUUAGGAAUUGUUGGCAUUUCUAAAUUCCCAAAAUUUCCAAGACUCAGAAUAAAUUCAAAAUAAAUUUUGUCACUUCAAUUUCACUUCUAAUAGAACUACGUGCAUUCGUAUACAGACACGAAAAUUAACAUGGAUAAUGGGCAAGACCGUCUUCCCAUCCAUCGACCUGAGGUCUCACAAGAUGCCGAGUUGGUCGAAAAUCAGCACCGAUUGAGAGCAGGAACUGUCGACUUUCCUCCAUUGACAUGCAUUCCUGGAACCACCACUAUCGAGACGUUUGUGGAUGCUGCGGACGAUGCGAUGGACAUUUCUGAUGACGCUGCCACAGAUAAUUUACCGGAAAUGGAAAUCUUUGCAGAUUUUGAUAUGUCAACUGCUCACUAUGCUCCUUUUCAAUCAUCCACCCCAACAUUAGCACACUGUGGUUUCCUUCCCCCUGGUAGAGGUGGAGGACGUAGGGGUCCUAAUCGAGGCGGCCCUAAUCGACGUGGUCCUAAUGGAGAUGGACCUAAUGGAGACGGACCAAAUGGAGGCCGUGGUGGUGGGGACGAAGGAGACUUUGUCGAUCCAUCCCUAAAUUUACGAUCAGUUGGAGGACUGCCGGAACACAUCAAGUACUCCUAAAGUUAAUGUUUACCUCAUUUGCAUAAAUAUCGCUAUGCUUAUUUUCGGGGAUUCGGGUUUUCCAUGUUGGUAAACUCUCGCUAAUGCGUCAAAAUAUGCAAAUGAGGUGACAAGGCGUAAAUUAUACUUUUAAAUCACGGUUUUUCUAGCUUAAAAGUUAUUCUCAAUCUAAAAUAUUCCAUUUUAACACAGCUUUCUUCAACGGGCCGUAAUCUAUCCUUUGAAGAAUAAGGACGCAUUCAAUGACUGGGGAAUCGAUUUACCCAAGGGAAUCUUGUUCCACGGGUAGUUUAACAUUUAAUUUCUCUAUAAAUAAAACCAAAAACUCUAGAAGAAAGUAAACUAAAAUUAAAACACUCUAAAAUGAUUACUUGACUUAAACAGCCCCCCUGGAACUGGAAAAACCUUGCUGGCAAAGUGCUUGGCUAACGCGGUCAAUGCUGUUCUGGGUGGGACAACAAAAGUGACCUUCUUUUACCAGAAAGGUUCAGAAUCGAACAGCAUGUGGUUUGGCGAAAGUGAAGAAAAUCUCCGAAAACUCUUCAACAAGGCCAAAGCAAACGUACCAUCGAUCAUCUUCUUUGAUGAACUUGACGCCCUGUGCCCCAAUCGGGACAAAGCGAGUGAGUCCUCGGAAGCAUACGUUGGUGUUGUCACUGAACUUUUGGCAUUAAUUGACUCUGUCAAACGGGGAGACGUUUUGAUUAUCGGAGCAACAAAUCGAUUGGACGCUAUCGACGUUGCAAUCCGACGACCGGGCCGGUUCGACAAGGACCUCGCCUUCAACCUUCCGGACAUCCCUGGCAGGAAAAAGAUAGUCCAGAUACACACUCAAAAGUGGUUCCGAGACCAACCAGAUAGUGAACAGCUUGAAACGAUUGCCAACAAUACGAUCGGCUAUUCAGGCGCAGAUCUCCAGAAAUUGUGUACAGACACCUUCAUCGCAGCGAAAGAUCGGUGUGGCAGGGUUCCGGCGGCAGAAAUCACGAUCAGUUCGGCCGACUGGGCGAAGGCUAUGAAGGAAAUGCGACCCUCAAAAAGCGACGUUUUUGAGUCCACCCUCAUCGCAGCGAAGCCACCACUUCCGCUCAUGAUGCCUUUGGCUGGAAACAUGAUUAAGGAAAUCGUUACCAGUCUGGGAGACAUCCUACCACGUGACAAUGGUCACUUUCCCUUUGCCAUGACCGGGAUGAGAAGCUAUUUGGUCCGAGAGGGUAACCUGGACUCUGAAGUUUUUCUUAACCACGUCAUCCUGACUGGUGUCCUAAGCGAUCCGACCGUGAGCAACGUGCCCGUCUAUUACCUCGACCUGCCCCAUCUUGCUGGUCGUAUCGACGACGGAUUAACUGCGAUUAAGGCGGCGAGGUGCAUUAUCAAACAGGCGGAAAAUUCGGACAGACCUUGCAUCCUCUUCGUUCCUGGGAUCAAUUGGAUAAACGACGCGAUCGCCCAGCAUACUCGGGAACAAAACGAUUUCGUAUUUUUUGACCUGUUACGCACCUUGGCUGGGACGAAUGCAAUCUUGCUUGCCUCCGUGAUCGGGAACAUGAAAGAAAUCUCGGCGGAAAUCUUGACCCCUUUUUCAGAUCGAAAUGUUUACAAGGUACGCGUUCCCGAGCGGGAGGAGAGGCUGGCGUUCUACCGACAAAUUUUCGAUGACCUCAUUCCAACUGAAGAUGAUGAACCAAGGGAAAAAAGGGCGAGAGAAGAGAGCAGGGAUGAUGUGGAUAGGUUUGAAAAACAUUUGCAAACUGCGGUCGACUUGACGGAAAACGAUCCUUGCGACUUUCUUCUCAAAUUGUACGAGAAGUUGCGAAAAGUGAAGAUUGAACAUUAUGUUUUGGAUGAAAAUCAAGGGAAUUUAAGAUACGAUUUGGAUGGGUUGGACAGAUCCUUUACGGAAAUUUUUGACCUCUACCAUUUGAACCGACUGCAAGAAUAAUAAUAGCUAGAGGUUAGAAGAUGACCUGAAUUUAUGAAAUACGUAUGUACUGCCCAUAAGUAAUUAAACGAACAUCAAAAAUUUUGUAAAAACUUUUAUAACUCGGAACUAUUUUUAAAUAGUGGCAAAAAUUAUUUGAAAAUAAAUAAGUUCAUAACGCACAAUCUUAGUAUUUUUAGCAAAUUAUACCAAACUUCACAAAGCACUGGUUGAAUUUGCAUCUUACGAUUAGUCAAUUAACAAUUUCAUAGCGGCUUUUCACAUGAAAUGCAAAAACAUUCACGAAUUACUUGUCGUCAAGUUAAAUCGGUAACUACAAGGUUCAAUUAAAUUUCAACAGAAGUCAAACUCUCGUUCUGAGAAAUUUUCAAUUUCCACAAUAAUAAAUUUUACACGGUCGAUCCAACUCCCAUCUAAAUUCUCAGUGCAUCAAAAUUCUAAAUUCAUUCAUACCCACCCAAUCCAACCUCAGAAACAAUAAUGUCCUUCAACAACAGCCUCCUCAACCAAUCAAUAACUCCUAACCAAGUAGAUUUGAUAUCGUCCGGAUCCGGCUCCCCCUACGUUGCAUGGCCUGAGGGAUCAUUCAAUGGAACUCUGCUGUCCGACUAUGGGUCAUUUCUUAUGGGUAGAAUCGUGAACAGCACGGCCCUAGACGCAAGUUUGCCCCCACCGGAAGGGACCGGACUUCCCGGCACUAUCUUAAAUGGCCUCCAUUCCACCAUCGAUUUACUACGCGACAAAUUAAAGCACGAAUUGAUCGAUUCUAAAAUCCCAGCCCUGGCGGAUGCAUAUUCAGACGUAAUGCAACACAUUGUGGCUUUUUGUAUCGAAUAUUUGAUAACUUUGUCUUGAUAUUUUCAGCAACUUUUGAUCAAUCGAGUUCCACAAAUUGUAUUGGAUAAGGUCUAAUUUGCAAAUUCUUAAAUUCCUAAGUAGCUUAAAUUAACAAUAUGAAAUUGUAGGUGGAACAGAGCUUGGAAGGAUUAAUAAAGGAAAAAUUGAAAUCAACCUUACCUGCCAUGGUCUCAUACGUCCUGGUAGGAAAAUACGGUCCUGCAAUCAAC